AUUGACAGUUACCUUACAAAUGCUUUAUAGUAAAUAUGUUUUAGAUACAUCAACAUUUUAGCUCUCGGUGAACGAUCUCCGCAGUAUUAAAGUUCUUAUUCUCUAGUCGCAACCUUGUUCAUUCACAAAUCCCUCUUUACACAUUUCAGUAUAAUAUCGGCACAUGACAUUGGCGAAAUCUAUAAGGAAACGCCACUAACCAAAAAGAAGAAUAGUAAAUAUGUAUUUUUAAUUUUACAGUGUCAUUUGAAUAUAUUUUUUUAUUUAGUAAAAACGAUAAUAACACGAUGGUAUUAGGUCAUAAUAUUAACGAUAUUGUAAGGACAAAUGAUGUACACAUUACCCAAGAUGUUACAUUUGAUACAAUGCUCCUUUCUUCAAAUACUUUAAAAGGUCUCAAAGAUUCCGGAUUUCUUAAACCAUCGCCAAUUCAAUUACAUGGUAUUCCUUUAGGAAAAUGUGGCUUUGAUUUAUUACUGGAAGCCAAGUCUGGGACUGGAAAGACCGCAGUCUUCACUGUCAUAGCUUUAGAAAAAAUAGAUUUGAAGAAGGGCUUGCAAGUUGUAAUACUUGCUCCGACUCGUGAAAUAGCUUCACAAAUAUGUGAUGUGUUAAGGCAAAUAGGAUGUCACUAUAAUGGGUUGCGCAUCGAGGUUGUGAUGGGAGGGCUACCAGUACAAGAUGAUAUAGAAAAAUUUAAAAAUAAUAAUGUUCAUGUUGUAGUCGGGAGUCCAGGUCGUUUAAGGCACCUUAUACAAAAUAAACAUAUGGAUGUCUUAGGAGUGAGACUGCUUGUUCUGGAUGAAGCCGAUAAGUUAAUGGAGAAAAGUUUUUUACCUGAUAUAAAGUAUAUCCACAUGGUUCUGCCAAAACAAAAACAAGUUAUAUUGAGUAGUGCCACCUAUCCAGAUGAAAUAAAAGAAUUUAUAGGGCAAUUUGUGCAAGAUCCUCAACACUUAUGCCCUAAUAACAACUGUGUACUAUUAGGUGUUGUACAAAAAAUAACAACUGUAAAAUAUAAUAGUAACAUCAUAAGACAGACAGAGUUUAGAUUCCAAGAACUCUUGAAAAUAUUAACUAAAAAACAUUUCAAGCAAUGCUUAGUAUUCUGUAACUAUCAGGGAAGAGUCAGUGAAGUACAUAAAUUAUUAACAAAGGCAAAGUGGCCCUCUGAACAGUUGUAUGGCAACCAAGAUCAAAUGGACCGGCUAGACGCCAUCAAAACAUUACAGGAAUAUAAAUGCAGGAUUUUGAUAUCAACUGAUCUAGCUGCUAGAGGUAUAGAUGCAUCAAAUGUAGAUUUAGUGGUGAAUUUUGAACCCCCCUAUGAGUGGCAAACAUAUUUACAUAGAAUUGGUAGAGCUGGUAGAUUUGGUUCUUAUGGCAUGGCAGUUACCAUACUGAGUGAAGGAGCAGAACAUACAAAGUUCUUAAAUUUAUUAGAUUCCAUGAAAUUAGGUAAAUUAGAGUGUUUUUGGGAUGACAAUGUGAUAAACGAUGACAACAACAAGAAUUUAAAAGACUCGGAAAAUAUUAUUGCACAGAACGCAAAAUGUACUAAUGGCAAUUAUGAGGAGCUGUGGAAUAUUUUAUGUGGAGAUGAUAAAGUUACAAACGGGGAAGACGUGAAACUAGAAAGCUUCGAUGAACUUUUGGAUUCCUUACAAAACAAUAAAGUAGAAUCUAACAAUGGACCCGAAACGUUUCAUAGUUUACUCGAUUCUUUUAAUAAUAAAUCGCCUUCAAGAGACUUGGAUGUGAAAUAUAAAAAUAUUUGCAUUCCAAAAGAAUUUUGUCAAAAUUUAAAUUUAUCUUUAGCUUUCAAUGGAGAGCCUUUGGACAAUCACAUGGUAGAGAAUGUGACAAGGGAAAUUGAAGAAAUUAAAGCAGACAAUUGCAAUAAUGACGAACUAAAAUUAGUAUUUAAAGAGUCGGAUAACAAAAACAAUUUUGAGGUGCAUUGUGACAUUAAUUUUAAUUCCACUGACGACCUGGGCCAUAAUGAGAACGAUGUGAUGAAAAAUUCUUCAAAUAUUCCUGAAAGUGCCACUAUUACAUGUAACAACGACAGCGUUUGGAAACCGAAUAUGGAAUUCGAAAAAUUACAAUUGCCAACAGCUUUUUCUAAUGGAAAAAACAUUUAUUCGGAAAAGAAGAUCUCAAAAAAGGUUAAAUUCCCCCACAAUAAGAAAAUCAUUGAAAAUAUUUCAGAUUUCCCUGGUAAUUCAUAUAAAACCACGAAAAUGUCAUCAAAAAAAUCUGAAGACCCUUUAAUAUAUAAUGAAGACGUAAAUUCAAAUUGCAAUUCGAAAUAUAUGCACAAAAAUAAAAAUCGGAGUAAAGAAGACCAAUCGAGUAAAAAAAAUUAUAACAAGAAUCAGUCAUAUGAACAUUGGUAUAACCAAUUAAAAGUUAGGGUUAAGUAUUUCGAAGCAGCAUUGUAUAUAGAGGAACUAAGUAGAAUGUAAAAUAUUAAAUAACCUGUGAUUUAAUAUAAGAAUAAAUAUAAUGUAUUGUUGC